AUGUCCCCGCGCAGCGCCGCGCCCGAAGCGGUGCAGAGCUACAGCUCCAGGCUGGGGGCGCACAGGAAAACCGGGGAGGCCGCUGAGCUGCGGAAGACCCUCAAGCCGCUGAUGGAGAAGUGCAGACGAGCCCGCAUCAAUGAGAGCCUUAACCAGCUGAAGACCCUCAUCCUGCCGCUCAUCGGCAAAGACAGCUCGCGCUAUUCCAAGCUAGAGAAGGCGGAUAUUCUGGAGAUGACCGUGCAGUUCCUCAAGGAGAUCCCCGCCCCCUGCCCCCCCGUCCCAGACCCCGCCGAGAGUUACCGGGAAGGAUACCGAGCCUGCCUGUCCCGCCUCACCAGCCUGCUGGCGAAGUCCCACCUCCUGGGCAGAGACUCGUGCAGCCACCUCCUGGAGCACCUGCAAAGGACCAGCGUUCAUGUGGAGUUGGAGAUAAAAGUAAAAUUGUGA